AAAAAAUUUGUUACUGUUUAUAAAUACAUCCAUCCAUCUUAGGUUGACAACUAAAUUGUUGCAUGGCAAACGUUUAAAUUUUGAGUUUCGCUUGUGGUCAAUCCACUCACUGCUAGCUGCUGCUGUUGGGGCAGCGGCUGCCGAAAUUACCCAAAGAUGUCCAUACUGGAUAUGAAGGCCGGUCCGCCGGAUUAUUGGGCAGAAAUCGGAAACUUCUUUUUGCCGCUUAAAUAUCUAAUUACGAACGAUCGUUUCGAUGCGCUUGUGCAAAAUAUCGAUGUGCAUUACCUGAUCAAUGCGGUCUUCUGGAUAUUUAUAGCGUUGUCCUGCGGCUUCUAUGGAUUUCAGCGCCUCUUCCAGUUCUUUUUGAAAUCGUCAAACGUGCAAUACUUUAAGCGCAAACAGUUCGCCCGAUUGAUAUGGAAUAUUGCAUUCUAUAGCGCAUGCUGUCUCUUUCUGCACUUUUACAAUGAGUUCAUGAUACUGCCGCAUCUGAUGAAGAAUCAGGGUCGUUAUUCGCUCUUCCAUAGCUCCGACAAUCUCAUCUUCUAUCGUUCGCUUCAGUAUGAGAAAUUUCAAUUCUAUUCAAUUUUCAUAAUAACGUUCCAUUUGCAUGGAGCCAUGCUGGACUUCAAGGAGGCUGACUUUCUGGAAACAGCCUCCAAGGGUCUCUAUCUGUCAGCCCUCAUCGCUAUCGAUGUCUACAGAUAUGAAAACUAUUUCAUUGGCAUGAAUCUCACGCUGGGCCUUUACAGCAUUCUCGCAGAGUGCCUCUCGCUGUUGGCAUUGCAAAAUUCGAAUCGCAAUCGUUUGAUCUAUCAACUGUUUAUGGGCCUACGGAUUGCCGCCUGGCUGCAUGUGCAUAUCAAUCUGUUGCCAUUCAACUACUUCAUACCCACGCUGUUUGCCAAGAACUUUAAGCUGCCGCUUAAUGUGGCAAUUUGGGUGUGGUAUGGUCUAGCCAUCUGGAACUCGCCAGUGUUGCACUAUUUCUAUCACCAGAUCUAUCACACAGCACCAUCUGAUUGCUCCGGCGAGGGCUCGGCAGCCAAAUGCAUCCUCAUUAAGGACACCAGCGAAUAUCGCCACUACAAAACCCUGCAAAGAGCUUACCUAGAGGUUAAGCUGGCGCAUGAGAAGACAACAUCCAAUUCUCUGCCAACCACUGAGUCCGCCUCGGCCAAAACCUACCAGGCCAUCAAGUGCGUUAUGAUGCUGAAGCGCAAAUUGAAACGUAUACGCGAGGGACGCGGCGCCGAGCCAGAGGAUGAUAACGAGGAGCUCAACACGAAUUGAUCGGAUUCAGCUCUUGACUGCACAAAACCAAAAAAAAAAA